CCUCUUCUGGUCGAAGUUUCGGCCCUCGUUGUUCAGACUCUCUCCCCUUUAUUAAUUAAUUUUUGUUCGCAUUUAUAAAUCUCUGCAUCAUAGACUGGGAAGACUAAUUAUUCUCUAUAAAAGCCUCCCUCCCCUCCCACCUCCCGAGAGAUCUAUCUGUAUUCUGUAUUACAAUUUCAACUUUCCUCAAAGAACUUCAACAAGAACCAGACCAAUAAGGCAAGACUGUACCAAAAAAGAGUUAGCUAUCUCAGUCAGAAUCCCUGCUAGCCCUCUCUGUAUCCCUAUUUUCUCUCACUUUCCUUCUCUGCAAGAACCCUUUUCUCCGAGCAACGCCAAAGCCCCUUACAAGCUCUCUUUACUCUCUCGCUCUCUCUAUAUCUAUGUUUCUUUCAUAGCCUCCGAUUGCCGUUCCUUAUCAAUUGGCUUCUUUCAGAUCAAAACCCCACAAACCAAAAAUGUCUAGUUCCUUUGAAAUAUUUGACAAAGUGAAGGCUGGGAAAGCCGAUGCUAUGAGAAGGUACAACAGAAAGAGAAACCUUUACUGCUUCUUGGAAACUGUGGGAGCUUUAGUCUUGCUUUGGUGCUCCUUCUCUUGCUUCCCUGUCAUAACACAUGCAGCCUCUCGUUAUCUCUCCUUUUUUAACCAGAAAAUCUAUGCUUUUGUGCUUGCAAACGUUUUUAUUCUAAUCGUCGUCUACCUUUCAUCUACAACACCCAGCAACAAUGACCAAAGCGACACUCCAAUCCAAACCGAUAUCUAUGACGAGUACGUUUCCUUCUCCACCUCCUCUCCUCGGUGGAAAACAACCACCGGAGAGGACAAACAGUUUGUUGUUUCCUUGCUGCAAGAGGAACCAGUUCAAGCAGAAGAGAAGAAUCCAGUUCGUGAGAAAGAUACACUCGACGACGAAAAACAAAUUGUUUGCUGCGAGAAAACUAACGAUGCUGCCAAUGUUGAUGAAAUGGGAAAAAAUCCGGUUCGUGAUCUUACAGUGGUGAAAGAGGAGAAGUUUUUCAGGAGGACGCUAUCAGAGAAACAUGGGAAAGAGAAAAGGGAAUAUCCACGAGAGUUUCGAAGAUCGGAGACGGAGAUUGGAAGGGAGACGUUGACUGUAUUCCGUACUGGUGGCCUUAAUUAUGAUACUCCGGGGGCCGCGAGAAAGUCGAUGCUGGAGAUGAAUAGUGACGAGUUUAGGCUUACAAUUGAGAGAUUUAUUGCUACUAAGAAGAAGAUUUUGAGAGAGGAAAGUAUUGCUUUGUCAAGUGAGGAAAAGGAAGAAUAUUUAGCUAUUAAUUAUAGAUAAUUAAUUAAUAUUUAGCAGUAUUAGUGGAAAAUAAAGAUAAUUAGGUACCAUAAAAUCGAGAUGGUUUUUAUGAUUCAUGAUGCAUAAUUCGCUUGGAUUGCCAGUAAUAAAUAUCUUUAAAAUUGAAGAA